AUGUCCACGAAACUAUUGGAAGAUAUCCAGGGAGCCAAGAAUACUAUUGAUUUAUUUUUGGAUAAUAAGCUUGAAUUAGCCAAAAGCAGAUUGAAUGAUGGAGGAAAUGGGAUGUAUCAGGAGCUGGCUCAUUCUACCAUAUUGUUUGUGCAAGCCGCCGCCACGAUAGCUCCAGAACAUCUCACGUUGGCAACAGAACACAUUCGUCGCACACUGGCCGCGUGCAAUACAAACAGACGAAAGUCCGCAUUCGCGGAAGUCUUCACAAAGCAGCUUCCAAAAAAGCGGAUAGCAAUUUACAAGGAGUACACCGAAGAGCAAGCUCACGCGGAACUGUGCUACGCUGAAGCACUCUUGCAGCUUGCGUUUUUGAACAUGCUUCAAGACGACAAGUUCACCAGCCUCAUACGUUCUUCCCUUAAGGUCCGGCAAUGCUAUAAGUGUUACAGAAUAUGCUGGGGUAUACUCAAGUACCGUGACUGGUCGGAUGGUAUAAGUAAAGCGGUAUUCGAAAGCGGUGUCCGUCUUGGUGUGGGGGCGUUCAACAUGAUGAUUUCUUUACUCCCCAAGCGUGUCCUCAAACUCUUAGAAUUUGUUGGAUUCUCUGGGGAUCGCCUAUUCGGUCUUCAACAGUUGCGUCUUGGAGCACAGAUACAAAAUUCCCUUCGCGCUCCUCUCAGUGCACUAUUGCUCCUUGUGUACGAGCUUUACGCCACACAGAUGCUCG